AGUUAAUACGACACUGUUUUUCACAGAGCAACAAGAAACAUUGCUUCAUACUGGCUGGCCCUCCGAAGAGUCAAAAGCAUACGAACUACUAUCCCCAUAAUCCUUUGCGAUUAAAACUCGCAGUCCGGAUGUUGACAACUCGUGCCACCUUCACACAAAAGUAAUUCAUUGCAGCGGUGGAGAUGUUACAAGGAGAAGAACGAAGCAUUUCUACUGAAAUUAUUACGGUUGGAUUUAGCGCACUCUUCGUGACUUGAUGCGUUGUCCUGCUGGUCACUGAAGGCAACACGAGAUAAGCGACAGGAAUGUAUUUAGCAGACUGAAAUAUCCAGCUACAGCUGAUGGAAAGAAGAAUAUACAUUCCCAUGAAUGGAUAUAUCGAUCUUCGUUUGCCGUCAUGCAUGCAGCCGGGCCUCUAGCUUGCGUUUUGUCCGUCCCCAGCCCUCGAGACAAUGCGCUACUCGUAGCCGGAGGCUCUUCCUUCGUCUAGCCUCCAUCUUUCCCCCCCUCUGCCCUCGCCGCUUCCAGACUUCCCUAUGUUAACCCUCUUGAGCAUGUUUUACUAUAUAUGUCUGCGGCGGCGCUCCAGGAGCGGGACUCGAGGCGAGGCACUGACCAGCCGGCGUGCCGUGGAGUCGGGCCAGCGGGCGGUGCUGCCGGUCAGCGUGGAGGUGGAGCAGUACGCCAAGGAGGUUCUGGACUUCAGCUCCCACUAUGGCAGUGAGAACAGCAUGUCCUACACCAUGUGGAACCUGGCCGGGAUCCCCAACGUUUACCCCAGCUCGGGGGACUUCACGCAGACGGCCGUAUUCAGAGCUUACGGGAAGUGGUGGGAACAGUGCGCCAGCGCUCCCUUAGCGUUCCGCCGGACCCCCGACGGCUUCCACAGUCAGGAUUACAUUGAGCUGGGCUUUGAGGAGCCCGUCUACCCCACGGCAGUGGAGGUGUUUGAGACUUAUUAUCCUGGAGCCAUCGUCCAAAUCCUGGCCUGCUCCCACAACCCGUUCUCCCAAAACCCGCCUACUGAUGUCAGGUGGGAGGUGUUGUGGUCAGGAGAGCCCACCAAAGCGCUGACCCCCCAGGCUCGACAGUUCUCCCCGAAAAUCAAGCACAUCAACUUCCCCACCAAUCUGCUCCGCCUGGAGGUCAACAGCUCCCUGCUGGACUACUACACCGAGCUGGACGCCGUUAUCCUCCGCGGGGUGAAGGAGAGGCCCAUGCUCGCACUUUAUAAGAUGCCUCUUAUCGACAUAAGCGACUUGAGCGACAGCGAGGAGGAGAUGUCUGACGUCGGCGGUCCUUUCAAACCAGGAGGAGACGGCAAGCAGCAGAGGACGGCCAACGGCUACUUUGACAAACUGCCAUAUGAGCUCAUCCAGCUGAUUCUGAGCCACCUGACCCUGCCUGACCUCUGCCGUCUGGCCCAGACCUGCAAGCUGCUGCACCAGCACUGCUGCGACCCGCUGCAGUACACCCAGCUGAGCCUGCAGCCGUACUGGGCCCGGCUGAGUGACGCCUCCCUGGGACACCUGCAGAGCCGCUGCACCCUCCUCCAGAGGCUCAACCUGUCCUGGACGGGCAGCCGCGGCGCUCUCACCCUGACGGGCUUCAGCAGUUUCUUGAAGGCCCGCGGUCUCAGCCUGGUGUGCCUGGAGUUGUCGUGUUGUCACUUCCUGAAUGAGCCGUGUCUCGAGGUCAUUGCCCAGGCCUGCCCCAAACUGCAGGAGCUCAACUUGUCGUCGUGCGACCGCCUCCACCCGCAGGCCUUCACGCACAUCUCCAAACUCUCACUCCUCCGCCGGCUGGUGCUGUACCGCACCAAGAUAGAGCAAACAGCCCUCCUCAGCAUCCUGACCUUCUGCCCUGAGAUCAGACAUCUCAACCUGGGGAGUUGUGUGAGGGUAGAGGACUAUGACGUGGUUGCCAGCAUGCUGGCCACUCGUUGCCGCUCCCUGUGCUCUCUGGACCUGUGGCGCUGCAGGAACCUGACGGACCGCGGCCUGGCCGAGCUCGUUACCGGCUGCAGGACGUUGGAGGAGUUGGACCUGGGCUGGUGUCCCACCCUGCAGAGCAGCACCGGCUGCUUCCAGCAGCUCGCCCGCGGCCUGCCCCGACUGAGGAAGCUCUUCCUCACCGCCAACCGCACCGUCUGCGACUCGGACAUAGAGGAGCUGGCGGCGUGCUGCCCGGCGCUGCAGCACCUCGACAUACUGGGAACACGGUUGGUGAGCGCCGCGUCCCUCAAGAAGCUCCUCCAGUCGUGUCCUCAGCUUGUCCUGCUGGACGUCUCCUUCUGCUCCCAGGUGGACACCCGGGCGGUCCAGGAACUCUCUAGCCUCUUCCCCGGCGUGGCCAUCAAGAAAAGUUUUACUCAGUGACCCCCACGCCGGCCGAGAGGCGCCACGAGAGGUUCACCAGCGGGUUCUGGCUCCGCGACGGGUCCGAGUCACGCCGAACGCCGGGAGGAGCUCACGUUCCUCGUUGGGGUCGGACGUCGUCCGGGAGAUUCUUGGGACUUUGACUGAACGGACAAGCAGCCGGCCUUCAGACUGUACGACAUGAAAACCUUCCUUGUGAUUUGGCGCCCCGCUCCGAAUCAGGGUUGUUGAGCUCUUCUCUUAAUCUGACACUCAACGUCUAGUGUUUUUUUCUUUCCUUUUUGUGUUGCCAAACACUAAAAGAGCGAGAAACUCGGAGCGACGAGCGCCACGCGAAGGAAGCGACAUCCGUGCAUCGUGCUGCUUACUUAGGUGAACAAAACCUGUUAAAAAUAACUUUUUUCUUUUAUUUCAAUCACAGUAACACAACCCAGGUGUUUCUUUUUAGUGCCUUGUCAGAAUGAUCGUGUGAAAAUGUCCCCAGUUUCACAGCGUUACCACUCCUGGUUGCUGCCAUGGUUUUCAGAAUAAUUGUGUUUUAAGGAGUUUUUUGUUUUGUUUUCUGCAAACAAAAAAAAAAGAACAGCAUAAUUUAUGUUCAUUUGUGAAAUAAAAGAGAAAAAUUUUGAGCUCCUCAAAAAAGCACCUUGUUUCUUGUAUUUAGAAACAAACUUAGGCAACAGUUUGUUAGUUUAUUUAUUGCUUAUGCUGCUUUUUUCCUUUUAUAAAAAAAAAAAAUUCAUGUAAUUUACUGAAAAUCAACUUAGAAUUUUAUUAUCAAGUACUUGCACUUACCUCUUCUUCAUUUGGACCACAGCGGGAUGUUAUUGACCUUUUAGUUAAACCCUAGCAGGAGGCAAAAUAAUAA